AUGGUGCAGCGCGACAAUCUACUGCCAGUGGCCUUUGGCGGCGUGCUCAUUUCCCUCGUCAUGAUGUUCGCAAUGCCCUUCAACCUGCUCGUCGUCGGAGCACUGGCGACCUUCCUCCUCGGCAUAUUUGGCAGUUACUACGGUGCCGGCGAUGCCAUGGGUCGCAUCAAAUCGGCCGUCGCGUCGACCGAGAUUUUUGCUGAGCAGAUCCCGUCUCAGACGACUCACGACUCCGAGGACGCCAUUGACCUGCUCGAGAGCUUCCGCCGCGCCCAGGAACCCGUCAAAGGCUCGCGCCACGAGGCCAUGAAGGUGCGGCUGCUGCAGUCGCUGCAGCGCGACCGCAACUGGUCGUCGGCGCAUCCGCGACACCGCCUCCUCGACGCGCUCUACGGCUUCCAGAGCUACUACGAGCGGCAGCAGGUCGAGCUGGAGCGCUUCCGCGGCCUCUACAAGCACUUGGGCCGAAAACACAAAACACUGCUGGACCUCCACAUCCAGUACUCAACCAAGUUUGACCGCGUUGACGAGCACCUCGCCCUCAACCAGCGACUCUGCGACACCAUCGUCCAGAGCGCGCUGGCUUACUACCAGGUCCCGCCGCAGGAGCUCAAGAAGCACGCCGCCGAGAUGCUCGCCGCCGGCAAGCGCGCCGACCGCACGUCCGUGUCGCAGGCGCUCAAGCACUACGUGCGCGACUGGUCGCCGUCGGGCGCCAACGAGUGCGAGGAGACCUUCCCCGCGCUCCUCGGCACCCUCGAGACGCUCUUCCCGGAGCGCGCGGAGCUCGCCGCCCCGCUGCGCGUGCUCCUCCCCGGAUCGGGGCUGAACCGCCUCGCGCACGAGGUCGCCCGCCUCGGCGGCUUCCAGGUCACCGCCAACGAGUGGUCCGCGUUCAUGAACGUCGCGUACCGCUUCCUUGAGACGUUCCCAGACGCCAACGCCUCCGUGUGUCACCCGUUUGCCGACACGUGGUCACACCACAUCACCGAGGGAGACAUGCUGCGCCCCGUGCGCUUCCCCGAGGUCAGCCUGGACCGCGGCGGCGACUCGGUGCUGCUUGUCGAGGGCGACUUCACCACCGUCUUCAACCACGAGCUGGGGUCGUACGAUGUUCUGCUGACGUACUUCUUCAUCGACACGGCGCGCAACCUGAUGAGCUACUUCGACACCAUCGAGAAGCUGCUCCGGCCCGGCGGCUACUGGAUCAACCUCGGGCCGCUGCUGUACGGCACCGGCCCGCUGGUGCAGCUCUCGCUGGAGGAGAUCAUCUCCAUCACGGAGACGAUGGGCUUCGACUACGUGGAGACGGACGAGAAGUACGGCAGCUUGACCAUCCCCGGGCGCACGGUCCGUGGCAUGCGCGCCGUGUACAGCUUCGACGACAAGGCGCUGACCACCAGUGCGUACAAGGCGCAGUUCUGGGUAGCCCGAAAGCAAUAG